AUGCAAGCACCGCCACCGACCUCGCCACCGCCGGGUGCAAAACCUAAAGCCACCCGACGCCGUAGAAACGUCAAAACGGAAGUGGUUGACGAUCCGAGCGACAGCAACAGCAGCUCUGGUAACAACCAAACUGCCUCACCCCCGGUUCCGUCAAUUCCGUCUGCCAAUGCUCCCCGCUACGUGCAUAUCAAAACUAAGUUCCCAGUGGCGAGGAUCAAGCGCAUAAUGCAGGCCGAUGAAGACGUCGGGAAAGUCGCACAGGUAACUCCGGUCGUCGUCAACAAAGCCCUUGAAUUGUUCAUGAUCUCUCUGUGCGACAAGGCGUCCGAAGAAGCCCGUCUGCGCAACAGCAAACGCAUCACCGCCGGCCAUCUCAAGCAGGCGAUCCUUCACGUCGAGCAGUUCGAUUUCCUCGCCGACAUCAUCCAGAAGAUCGCCGACAUCCCCGCUCCGUCGGCCGAAGGUGCCAACCUGACCAAUAACGGAUCCGAUAGCCCCGAGGAUGUUCAGCCAGCAAAGAAGACCAGAAGGCCGAGACAGAAAAAGGUUAAAGAUGAGGACGCGUUCUAG